UUGAUGAAAGUGACGACGAGAUUAACAUAUUAUCUCAAAGUCGAUUACCUAAGAAUAGAAAUCAAUCUGAACCACCCAGGCAUAUCAUCAGGUCCAAUGAAGACAAAAGACGUAACUAUUCUGCGCCUAGAAAACAACAAGCAGACAACGACCGAAAUAACAACAACAAUUGUUUUAACGAGCGAGCCCAAGAUUCUCGCAGAUCUCCGCGCGUAGGACAAUCAAGAGUUGCUAUUUUGGGCGAUUCUAUGCUUAAACAAAUAAACGCGAGACGAAUUCAACAAGGAAUGAAGCAUAAAAUUGUUGUAAAAACAUUUCCUGGUGCGGGAAUAAAAAAAAUGAAUCACUAUGUAAAACCAACGCUACUCAAGGCACCAAAUAAGCUUAUUUUACACGUCGGAACCAAUGAUCUACAAGGAAUGACGCCAGAUGAAUUGUUGACACAUGUACAAAAGCUUGGAGAGAGCAUUACUCGAGAAAACGGGAAUAUUGAAUUAGUUUUAUCAGAAAUCAUAACAAGAAAUGACGAUAAAACAUUGGCUGAUAAG